AUAAUCCAAACUUUACUCAACAAGAAUUGGCAGAUAAAUUUGAAAUCGGUCGAACAACCGUAGCUGAUAUUCUUGCACAAUCAUUAUAUUGGCUUGGUCUAGAUAAAGAAAGUACCAUAGCACAACAAAAGCGAAAUCGACCACCAGACCAUUCACAAUUAGAAGAAAUUCUUGCACGAUGGUUUGACCUUGUACUAGAAAACCAUUUAACAAUUACAGGGUUAAUUUUACAAGAAAAGGCCAAACAGGUUACAGUGACCUUAAAAAUUCAAAAUUUUGCUACGUCGGAUGGUAUUCUUCCUUCUACAGAAAUUGAUGAAUUUAUAGAUUCAGAAUCUCUUGUUGAUUUAACUAAUGAAGAAGAAAUGGA